GACGCACCAGAAAACAGGGAGGGGGGGGCAUUUGUGUCGGCGGUAUAAAAGCACCUCUCGGCGGAGGUCCCGCAUCUUCCCCUUUACAGACGCGCAGUGAUGAGUCGCAGGGACACUUGGACGCGAUGGGAUGAUUCAGACGACGCCUCUACAAUCAAUCCGAUUUGCUGCUCGUAUCGUGUUUGGCUCGUAUUUCUCGGGACUCAUUCCGGGCUGUAAACGCAGAAUUAUCUGGUCCAUAUGGAGCUCCACUCAGAACCUGCUCAGUUUCAAGGACGCGCUCUCGAUCGUCUUCUUGUCUCCGGCGAGUGAUUCGCAUUUGACCAUCAAAAGAAAUGGAUCGCGACACCGUGCUGUCGGGACAUCGCGUUGUGUUGGUGCGCUGAAAAAAAGAAGAAAGACAAGACAAGCUGGAGGGAAACAUCAUGGCAUCAUCAUCAUCAUCAUCAUCAUCACGCCGGGUGGUUCGCGGUCGUUCCGCCGCCGAUGUGAGGAUGUGAUCGGACGGGCGUCCGCUGCCUUCUCGCCCCGCCGGCCCCCACCCGAGCCGCUCACGAUGCCCAGGGCCCUGAGGAGACUGGUCCACCUGGUGCUGUUCUGCCCUCUGUCCAAGGGCCUGCAGAGUCGUCUCCCAGCCAUCAAGGUGAAGUACCUUCUCCUGGCGUGGCUGGGCAUCCUCAUCGCCAGCUGGGUCGUUUACAUGCAGUACGCCUCGUACUCUGAACUCUGCCGAGGGCAUGUCUGCCAUAUGGUCAUCUGUGACCACUACAAAAGGGGCAUAAUAGCAGGCUCAACUUGCAAAGCACUGUGUGAUCAGAGAACUCUAAGCCUGCAGCACUGCAUGUCCACGUCCUCUACACAUCAGGUGUACAGUGCACUGUGGAAGGAGAGACCUGUUUUGAUCAAGUGUUGUAUUGUGGAUCCUGUGAAGAUUGACGGGGCUCCGGACUCUGUGCUGCGGCAGGAGAUGAGCUUAUUUGACAAACCCACCCGGGGAACCUCUAUGGACGAAUUCAAAGAGAUGCUGCACAGUUACCUCAAGGCUCACCUUGGUGGGCAGUCAUCUCUGAGCACCUUGGUGGACAGGGUCAUCACUCUUGCUGAUGUCAACCAGGAUGGCAAGGUGUCACUCGCCGAGGCCAAAUCCAUCUGGGCUCUUCUCCAGAUCAACGAGUUCCUCCUGAUGGUGGCGCUGCAGGAGAAGGAGCACACGCCCAAGCUGCUCGGCUUCUGCGGAGACCUGUACGUGACAGAGCGUGUGGGCCACAGCUCCCUCUACAGGGUAGAGGUGCCUCAUUACCUGCAGGCCGUGGUCCCGGAGGCCUUGAGCUCCAGCCUGAACCACUGGCUCGCACCAGCGUGGCCCCGCAGAGCUCGCAUCACCAUCGGCCUGCUGGAGUUCGUGGAGGAGGUCUUCCACGGGGCGUACGGGAGCUUCCUCAUAUGCGACGCCAGUCCGCUCCACGUGGGCUACAAUGCAAAGUAUGACUGUAAGAUGGUCAACCUGCACAAUGUGGCGUCUGAGGCAGUUGUCCGGGGAUUUUUGAAGGGGCGGCGAUGUGAGACCAACGCAGACUGUACCUACGGCCGGGACUGCACGGCCACCUGUGAUCGACUGGUGAAGCAGUGUAAUACUGAGGUUGUGCAGCCCAAUCUGGCAAAAGUGUGCGUGCUGUUGCAGGAUUUUCUGCUUUUUGGGGCGCCGACAGACCUCCGCGGUGAUCUGGAAAAGCAGCUCCGCACCUGUGUGACACUCAGCGGCCUGGCAAGCCAGAUGGAGGUGCAUCACUCGCUAGUCCUUAACAACCUGAAGACUUUGCUGUGGAAGAAAAUUUCUAACACUCAGUAUUCAUGAAAAACAGGCUGAGAUUAUCCAACCUGCUCUUAUUCUAAUUUGCCUAUGGAACUUUGCCAAAUGUUUUAGAGGGUGGUGUUUAUUGAUGUACAUUUUAAUAUACUUUCUCUCCUUAUUGACUGUGAGUAACAGGAAGCUGUGAACUAAUGAAUAUACAAUAUGAAACAGCAGAUGAAGCUAGUUUAUUCUCUGAAAACCUCUUAUAAACCCUGUUAUGCUUUUGUUUUCCAGUGGAUUAUUUCGAGAAGCACCUUCAACUGUUUGGAAAUCUCAGGGCACUGCCUAUAAUUUUAUUUUGGAAAACUCUGAAAACUGAUAAAUAAUCAGUUGUUGAAACGAAGCAACCAACAUACAGAGUGAUUCGGGGUUUCAUAGAUACUCUUUUGUCUGUCCUUUGUAGAGACAGAAUUUCAGAUUGUUACAGGGUGUGAUGGUAUUUGUACAACUGUAAUUAUUAGUGGAACAUUGUCCUUUUCUGUGUGUAUAUGAAUCUGCAAAAUUGGCAAAGGUAAGAUUCAGUAAUGGACUGAACUUUGAAUAUACAGCAGCACUGAAAUGUCCCUCCUGGUACUGAUGUGAUACUGAUUCAUGCUAAUCAAAUAGCUGGAAAUGUAAACCACGAUUAGAUUCAAUUAAAGAUGAAUUAAUUUUGAAUCCAUGAAUAAACUCAAGGUGGUUAAAACA